UAAUAGGGUAUAUUAUAAACUAAUUUCUCUUGAUGCCCUAAUGCUAUUAACUUUGUAUUAAAUAAUUAACAAAAUAAUAUAAUUUAUUGAAUUUCACACACUAAGCUUUGAUGCUUUUGACACAUCAUAGAUAAUUUAACCUCAAAGGAAAUUAACUAACCAAACCGGUAAUUGUGUUUGCUUAUUUGAAAAAAUCAUGUAAUUAAAUAAUACAUGCGUUAAUAUUUAAAUUAAAAUGACCAAACGAAGUGGAACCAUUGAAAAUAAUUUAUGUAAAAAGCCUAGACUAGAACAGGAUGACUGGGACAAUUCAGAUUUGGAUGAUUGUCUUGUCUUGGCUACACAGAUGUGUGAACAAUCAGUCAAUAAUAGUAUAUUACCAACAUAUGGAGAAUUUGAAAAAUCUUCAGUAUCAAGGAAUAUUUAUUGUUCUACACAAAUACAGCAAAAGACAAGUAAUAACGUAAAUAAAGAAGCAAGUGAACAGGUGAAGAUAUUAAAAGAGAAAUGUGAAGCAAAAGAAGGAGAAGUCACCAUUCUAAGACAUCAACUACAAGUAAUAAAAACCAAUUUAGACGUAGAGUUCAGUAAAAAAAAGAAGGAAUUGACUGAUAAAAUUAAUGUUUCUACUCAGAAAAUUAAUGCACUUAAGAGUGAUCUGGAAUUUAGAGACUUUGAAAUUGCCAAUUUAAAACAAAAAAUUGUUGAAAUAAGUAAAGCAAACAGAUUAGAUUUGUCUUUUUCAUUUACACAGAUCCAGCAUCAAGAAGCAAGACAGACAGGUAGUUCAUCUCAAAAAGAAACUACAACUAACAGCUAUUUUGAUCCAAUUUAUUCAACAGCACCAACAGGUGUUCCACUGCAUGAUACAGUCAAUUUUAGACAUUUUGGAUACCUGGGAAGAGAAACUUACUUUUUAAAAACGACUAACAAUUCAUUGAAGUUAUAUUUAAUUCCACAUAUCAAUGAUGAUACAAGUAAUGAUCUCACUGGUUUUGAAGUUUUAAAUUUAGAUGAUAAGAAAUUAUGUUUCUCCAAACUGAGCAAAGAAAUUUGCAUCUAUUUGAACAGUCCUGAAAGAGAAUUCAAUUUAGAGAAAAAAUUAUCUGUAGUAACAAAGAUACUUUCUUUAUCAUUUUUCUUUCUUGAAAGUUUGAAUAGUUUUUUAGAAGGAGUUUCUACAAAUAUUCAAACAAAGGAUAUUAGACAGAUUGAUAAUUUGUAUUUGGAGAACAAACUACCCUGUAAUUUCCAGAAAGCAUCUUUAUUGGAUGCAGACCCAAUAUUUGAAGAUGAAAUAGGUAUUUCAUUUAGGCAAUGUGUAGCCCUAAUUGCUUUAAUUAUUCCCUUUAACAAACACAUUGAGAACCAUAUUUUAGAAAAUAAACAUAUUAAUACUGAAUGUUUAGAAGAAACUUUAAAACUUAACACUGACAAGUGUUUAGAAACAGAAAAUUAUUUUCUCAGCCAAUUACUUCAUGUGAUAAUGAUUAUUGGGAAAACGAGAAAAACUCAUCUUUUUUCUGGAUUAUUAUUAGCAACAGUAGAUCUGCUAACAAGUAUUUCUGCUACAAAUAGUUUUGAUAAAGUAAACCAAUUAGUUGUAAAUAUUACAAAGGAAAUUGUAUUUUCUCGUCCUAACUUGUUAAUCUUGGAAAAAAUAUCAAGUUUUCUAGUAAAAGCUACUGUAAAUUUGGAAUUUGUUAACAAAUUAUGUAGGAAGCCAAUCGAAAAAACGCUAAAGGGGCCACAAAAAGAAGGAAUAACUUAUUUCAAUUCAGGCGCUUGCAUCUUACAAAUUUAUUGUAUCCUCAUAGACACUUCUUUAAAAAAUUCUGACGGUACUCAUUUGAAUUUAUAUUCUAACAUAAUUAAGACUCUGGCAAAUAUAUUAGAGUCUAAUAGCUCAUGGACUUUUUAUCAAGAAAACGAACACAACGAUUGCCUUAGUGCAAUAAGCCGAUUAUUUAUUGAUUUGACGCACAAUUUUUUACAUACUAUAAAAGUUGAAUUAUUUCCGAAAAGUCGAUAUUUUCCAACAGGUGAUUAUAAAUAUUACAAUGAUGUAAUUAAGAUUAGUUUGAAGAUAAUUCACAUUCUUAAUUUUCAUUCUGCAUCUGAUAUAAUUGUGAAAUAUGUGGGAUCAUAUUCCCAAUACAAAUAUGUGAUAAACACGUUAUAUAAUUUAAGACGCGAACUCCAGUUUUCAGAAUUCGAAAUUGAAAUGCUGGAAUCAUUACAGUCCUCGGAAGAUGAUUGCAACGUUCCCUCAAGUAAUUUUAAUAAUAUCUCAUUGUGGGAUGAAAUUUAAUUAAUACUAUUGUAAAGUAUUA